AUGAAUGCACAGAAGGCACGCGUUGCAUGUAUGUCAAAUAAGUUUAAAAACAUAAGAGAAAUAGGUGAAGAUACAUAUCAAGUGAUGCUUAAAGAUAGAUUUUAUAGAUGUGAUACAUGUUUACAAGAGGCAUUCUUCACUUUAGAUAAUGCUAAAUACUGGUAUUUGGUUUUCAUUUAUGAUUUUAUGUAUAAAUGCAUGAAUGUUAAUCGUUUUCAUUUCAUUGAAGGUGAUACUGAUUCAUCUUAUUGGGCUAUUGCUGGCGAUCCAAAUCUUCCUAACACUCAAGCAUUUCAAGCAAUUGUUACCGAUAAAAAAUUUUAUGAUAAAAACAUUUUCAAAUUCGCACCAUUUGAUUUCUUUUGUUUUGAUGAGAAAUUUAAACCUAAAUUAAAGAAUAAAGCUGAAGAAAAAGCACAUGAGAAGAAGUUAUUGGGUUUAGCAAUUGAGAAACAAGGUGAUAACAUGGUUGCUUUAUGCCCUAAAUGUUAUACAUCAUUCAACGGUUCAAUUGAUGGAAGUGAUUUUAAAAAGAUUGCACAAAAAAUGAAAGGUGUUAGUUUAAGACAAAAUAAGCAAUUAACACCUAAAAAAUAUUUGGAUAUAAUAAAUGAUAAAGUGAUAUUUGAUGGUCAAAAUAUUAAUUUACAACUUAAAAACGGGUCAAUGACUCGCUUAACAAUUGGUAAGACUGCAUUAACAGGAGCACACACUAAGGCUGUAUGUUGUGAAAAUGGAUGUUGUAUGCCAUUUAUUUAA